UUUGUGGACAUGUCCUGACACUCCCUUUUCCUUGCUAACCAUUCCCCAGGCCGGAGUCAAGAGAGGGCAAACCAGAAGGCCCAGCUUUGGGUCUGACUCCAAGACGACUGGCUGGGAGGAAAACUUAACAGGGAAAACAGGCUUCUGAGGCACAGUGGAACAGUGAGACUACAGCAUUGGUGCCCUGGUGACAGUCCCUACCGAAGAAGCACCUCAGCUAUACAUAUGGCCAAAGUAAAGAUCACGCCACCCAAAGGGAGAGUGCUGGGCAAACCAGAGGUGGAGAUGGCAAAGCAGGAACAGAAAUGCUGCCACAGUGAACAGGAAGCAGGACAACUUGACUAGGCCAGAGUUCUUUGCCUCAGGGUACCUCUGCUCAAGUUUCAGGAGUUCAUACCUACCCCCUUCACCUAGGAUCCCUGCUACAGUGAGUAACUGCUCUGUGAGAAGCCUGGAGCAAACACUGGUGUGUAGGUGGCUGAGGACAACAGCCACUUUCUUACAGCGGAGUUGGGGAGAAUAAAUAGUCUAGCAAAAACAAAAGCACGUUUUAUGUUCCGUGCUUAUGAAGUACAACAGAAGGUUUUCAGAUGGGGUCCUCUCACAGCCACCCUGUGAAGCAGCUGGGGUUAGUGACUUUAAGGAUGACUAACGACCUGCUCAAAGAAUGCUCUGCCUGUGUCCCAGGACACAGAUCCAUGGCUAGAUUAGGGUUCGUUUCUUGCUUUGAUUUUGAGUCGCCUCCACUGUCGGUAUUCCCCUCAUUCAUAUUUUAUCAGCUUGACUGCAGAGAAGAACAUGGUCCAUCAAAGGGGCUUCUCAUAGAAAGUUCCAUUAAUUGUCAUGACAUCUGAUCGUUUCAUUAGGUUCAGAGAUUGAAGUGGAAGGACAGCAGAGAGAAAUGGAUUGUGAUCUAAAUCUAUAUUAUCAGAGAUACACUGCUCAACUACUGUCUUGCAAGCUCCAUGCUGGAACUCCGCAUUGUAAUUUACACAUUUUGUUCAUUUGGAAUGUGUGAGGUUCUGAGUCUGCCAUCGUACGCCUUGGAGGAGAAAGGCUUGCCUCACAGUGUAGGCAAGUGGGAUGCUAAACUUGCCACCACAUCACUACAGCUGCACAGGUACCUGAAGUCAGCGCUGUGAGUUCUGUGAGAACAUGAGCUGCGUCUCUUAGCCCACUGGGCCCCUGCAGUUUCAUUUGUCUCCUGUCUGGUAUGAUGGGGCUAGCAGCCUUCCUGCCUUCCCUCCACUGUCAUCCCCAACCCACUUGCCCACAGGACUGCAGAUUUAUUUUUCUUAGCCAUGGCUUUCCUGGACUUCCCAGCGUGGACUUCCUUAAUCUAUCAGGAUUUUCUUCUGUGGUCUUUCUGGAACUAUUUGCUGAUUUUUCCCUUCUAGUUCCCACUAGGAGCCCUCCCAUCUCAUCACAUCAAACUCACUUUUCUCUUUCACACCCCUUCCCUUCUGCCUACUCCUCCAGUAUACGUCUGUGCAUGUUUCUGCCUUUGAUAAUUCCCCUUCAGGUUUACCCUGUAUCUCUCUUCUCAGGUUUUUCCGGUACAGAUUCUCCUCUCUGUAAACACAACAGUGAAUUUCAAGGCCAGUUACUUAACCUCUUAGAGCCCGUUUUUCCAUCUAUAAAAUGGGGCUAUUAAUCCCUCAGGACAGAAUGAGGGUACGGUGUUUUUAAAUGAAGCCUGAUAGUCUUUGUAAGUGUGUGUGUGUACGCUUUACCAUAUGCAUUUCUCUCAGCUGCCUCCCUCUCCGCAUACACACACAUCCUAUUUAGAGUGCUGGGGAAGUGGAAGUGUAGCGUGGGCCCUGCUGUCUAGCGAUCUGGAGUCACACACAAGCAGCCCAGACUACAAGACUCUAUAUGAUGAAGUGCCAAACUAGCUUUGGGGGAUAUUCAGGAAAGAGGGGUGACAUGUCUUUCCCAGGGUCCCUUCAGUUCAAUAAUGACAAGAGCCACUUGAAUCUUGUUCACGUUCUCUCAGGCCAGUGUUCAUCUGCCUGUUCCCUGACCCCCUGCCUCGCCAGAGCUCAGACACCCAGGUGCCUGCAAGAGUCAGUUACCUAUGUCCCUGUGGCCUUCAUCAUUUAAGUCCUGCUCUUGGGCCCAUUGCAAUACUGGCAUAAAUGAUGGAGGGAGGAGCAGGCCAGGUCAUGGCUAGAGCUCCGGUUUGAUUCAAACCCUAGAGGGGUCUUAAACAGGCCCUGAGGCAGAGGCAUGGCCUCAGUUGCAGGGAAACCGCAGCACCAAAUGUUGCAUGGGAGGACCAUCAUGGUUGAGUCUGAGGAGUUGGGGAGUUGAUUCUGAGGGGGGCUUCCUAGAUCGCUGCGGGGUGAGGUGGUUGAGCCUAGGAGGGACAGAAUGUCUAAUUGCCUAUGAGGAGAGUUCACUGGAAGAUCUGGAGUAAGAAUGAUGUUCACCAUGAGCUGGAAGGGAAGGAAGGCAGUUAUCCGAGUGACCCAGUCCCUGAGGAGGUGAACCCCGUUACUAAAAGGUUUGGUUGAAUGGACAGGUACAAACGGUUGUGGCUUAUUCAGAAAAACAGCAUUUUCUGUGUGAAUUUCUUGCCAAGCUGUUACUUCAUCCUUCCAAGCCCAACUCCUUUCACCCACUCACAGUCAAGCUGAAGGACCAGGCAGCCGGAGGCUGUGAAGCUGGGAAUCCAGACCCAGUCCUAUGUUCAGAGCUGCCCCCAAGGCUUGGCCUGCACCUACCCUGGCCCUCAGCACCCUGGGCAGAGAGCCCAAGAGCGUAGCAGGAACGCAAGAAGUGAGGUCCAUAUUAGAAGACUGGUCAGAGGGCCCUCGGAAAGUUAAGCCCCCAGAGAACAGGUUUGCAAGUCCCCAACAGUAGGCAAGUCAGAGGGGUCCUGGGGUUAGAGGGGAGGCAAGGUGGGCCAGAAGCCCAUGGAGAGAGCGCAGGGGUGGUGAGGCCACCACCAGGGGGCGAUACUGGUGCUGCUGCCCUUGAGGGUGGAGGACGCCAGAUGCCCGGAGGCCGUGUGAGCCUUGGCCUCAAACCUUUAUCGUGUAGGGUGGGGGGCGCGAAAGAAGAGAGCGGCGCCCUUCCCUGCACCCCACCCUGUCGGCCCCGCCUCCCUGGCCCCGCCUUCCAGCCCCCGCCCCACCCCCGGCUCCGCCUCCACCCCCCGCCCCGCCUCCGGCCGCAGCCCCUUCCUCCCGCAGCUGGUGCUGUGAGGCCGCGGAGCAGCGCGUCGCCGUCUCUAUGGCCGGGGAUGCAAGCGCAAAGAAAACGGACCUCAGAGAACCAGAACUAGUCCUGCUGUCGGGGCAGGGUGACCCCAUCAGUGACCUACAACCCCCUUAUGACCCCACAACUCCUUCCCACCAUGGAGUUUGUAUUUGAUGCAGAAAAGCAGUGUGUGAUCCAUCCCUCCCUCUGACCUCUAACCUGGGAUUCCAUGGCCACACAACCCUGUGAUUCCAUGUCCCCUCGAUUCCAGGACCCUCCCUGGCCCCAUGACCCCUGACCUUCCAAGUGACUUCCCUGGACCUUGACCCCUGUGACUAUUCUUGCCAUCAUACCCUGUGACUGUGGCCCUGGCUCCCCUUGGGGGUCUUACUGGUCUGGGCCUCCCCAGAAAAAUGUGGGGAAGGCUCUGGCCCCUCUUCCUGAGCUUCCUCACAGCAUCUGCAGUCCCUGGACCCUCACUGCGGAGACCAUCCAGAGAACUAGAUGCCAUCCCACGGAUGACCAUCCCCUAUGAAGAGCUCUCCAGGACCCGGCACUUCAAGGGCCGAGCCCAGAACUACUCAACGCUGCUGCUGGAGGAGUCUUCAGCAAGACUGCUGGUUGGAGCCCGAGGUGCCCUCUUCUCUCUCAAUGCCCGUGACAUAGGAGAUGGGGCUCACAAAGAGAUCCACUGGGAGGCCUCCCCAGAGAUGCAAAGCAAAUGCCAUCAAAAAGGGAAAAACAACCAGACGGAGUGCUUCAACCAUGUGCGGUUCCUUCAGCGACUCAAUGCCACCCACUUCUAUGCAUGCGGGACUCACGCCUUCCAGCCUCUCUGUGCAGCCAUUGAUGCUGAGGCCUUCACCUUGCCAACAAGCUUUGAGGAGGGGAAGGAGAAGUGUCCUUAUGACCCAGCCCGUGGCUUCACAGGCCUCAUCAUCGAUGGAGGCCUCUACACAGCCACACGGUAUGAAUUCCGGAGCAUCCCUGACAUCCGCCGAAGCCGCCACCCGCACUCCUUGAGGACUGAGGAGGCUCCGAUGCACUGGCUCAAUGAUGCUGAGUUUGUGUUCUCCGUCCUGGUACGGGAGAGCGAGGCCAGUACAGUGGGCGAUGACGACAAGGUUUACUACUUCUUCACGGAGCGGGCCACUGACGAGGGCCCCAGCAGCUUCACUCAGAGCCGCAACAGCCACCGUGUGGCCCGUGUGGCCCGUGUGUGCAAGGGAGACCUAGGAGGAAAGAAGAUCUUGCAGAAGAAGUGGACCUCCUUCUUAAAGGCGCGUCUAGUCUGCCACAUUCCACAGUAUGAGAUGCUACGUGGUGUCUGCAGCCUGGACACGGACACCUCAGCACGCACACACUUCUAUGCGGCCUUCACGCUGACCACACAGUGGAAGACCCUAGAGGCCUCAGCCAUCUGCCGCUACGACCUGGCCGAGGUGCAGGCUGUCUUCGCAGGUCCCUACAUGGAAUACCAGGACGGUGCCCGGCGCUGGGGCCGCUAUGAGGGUGGGGUGCCGGAGCCCCGGCCCGGCUCAUGCAUCACAGAUUCAUUGCGCACUCGCGGCUACAACUCAUCCCAGGAUUUGCCAUCCCUCGUCUUGGACUUCGUGAAGUUGCACCCACUGAUGGCUCGGCCCGUGGUGCCCACACGAGGACGGCCCCUGCUGCUCAAGCGCAGCGUGCGCUAUACACACCUCACAGGGACGCCUGUCACCACGCCUGCCGGACCCACCUAUGACCUGCUCUUUCUGGGCACAGCUGAUGGCUGGAUCCACAAGGCCGUGGUGCUGGGUUCUGGGAUGCACAUUAUCGAAGAGACACAAGUGUUCAAGGAGCCCCAGUCUGUGGAAAAUCUGGUCAUCUCUCCAAUGCAGCACAGCCUUUACGUGGGGGCCCCUAGUGGUGUCAUCCAGCUACCACUGUCGAGCUGCUCCCGCUACCGCUCCUGCUAUGACUGCAUCCUGGCCCGGGACCCCUACUGUGGCUGGGACCCCAGCACCCAUGCCUGCAUCAUAACCAACAGGUCCCAGGGUAGCAGGACAGCACUGAUACAGGACAUAGAGAGAGGAAACCGAGGCUGUGAAGGCAACAAGGACACAGGGCCACCACCACCACUGAGAACCCGCUCUGUCCUCCGAGGUGACGAUGUUCUCCUGCCCUGUGACCAGCCAUCCAACCUGGCCCGGGCCUUGUGGCUGCUCAAUGGGAGCAUGGGCCUGAAUGACGGACAGCAUGGCUACCGCGUGGGCGUGGAUGGGCUGCUGGUGACAAACAUACAGCCUGAGCACAGUGGCAACUAUGGCUGCUAUGCUGAGGAGAAUGGCCUCCGCACCCUGCUGGCCUCCUACAGCCUCACAGUCCGGCCAGCCACUCCUGCCCCAGCUCCACAAGCCCCUGCCAUGCCCGGGGCACAGCUGGCACCUGACGUGAGGCUACUGUAUGUGCUAGCCAUCGCUGCGCUUGGUGGCCUCUGCCUCAUCCUGGCUUCCUCCCUCCUCUAUGUGGCCUGUCUUCAGGGAGGCAGACGAGGGCGUCGAAGGAAAUACUCUCUGGGUCGGGCUGGCCGGGCAGGGGGCUCUGCUGUGCAGCUGCAGACAGUUUCAGGCCAAUGUCCUGGAGAGGAAGACGAGGGUGAUGAUGGGGAGGGGGCUGGGGGCCUGGAAGGUGGCUGCCUCCAGAUCAUCCCUGGGGAGGGAGCCCCAGCCCCACCGCCUCCGCCACCCCCACCACCACCGGCCGAGCUGACCAACGGGCUGGUGGCACUACCCAGCCGGCUGCGCAGGAUGAACGGCAACAGCUACGUGCUCCUGAGGCAGAGCAACAACGGAGUGCCAGCAGGGCCCUGCUCAUUUGCUGAGGAGCUCAGCCGCAUCCUGGAGAAGAGGAAACACACACAGCUUGUAGAGCACCUGGAUGAGAGCUCUGUCUGAGCCCAGCCUCCUAGGACAAAUGCUCUUCCAAGCCAGCCUGUCUGCCCCAGGCUGGGCUGCUGCUUCCCCAACACAGCCACUCUACCUUCACCUCCCUCCCCCCCAACUCCAGGCCCUUCUCCCAACUUUGUGAUGUCCCUGUAGGGCUGGCAGAGUCAGGCCCAGCCAAAGUCCCCUCCUCAGUCUCCACAGACCCAUCUGUGAGCAGCCCAGGCCCACCGGUGCUCCUCAGAGGUGGGUACUCCCCCAGGACGUGGAAUUCUGUAGACUCAGCCCCAGUUCCUAUUCCCUUACCCCAAGCACUUGGGAGGAGAGGAUGCCAUCUUCCUGCCCCAUUUGUCUGUUCAAAUCCUUCCUCUUUCUCCCAGGCAGGGCUCUGCAGGUCCAGAUGACCUCAAGGUCACCACCCUCUGCGUGGCCCUAUGUGCUGGAUGGUCCCGAAACCAGACAAGACCUCUACCAGCCACCAGAGCCACCUGAGCCCUGCAUGCAUUCAUGUGUGCACACGGAUGAAUGUCUAUCAGCUGGGCUGCAGGGCCCCCACCCCCAUCUCCUGGAACAUUGUGUUUCAUCUCUCCUGGACUUUGGGUACCCUUCCAACGGCCAUAUCCCAUCCUAUCUAGGUUUCUCCCCUAGUCCCAGCCCCAUGUGGUGACCUCUUUGGCAAAAGCUUGGGAACAGGCCAGUCUGGGGAGGUAAGACUGUGUCAUUCCCCUCUUCUUCCUUAACGUGCAGCCCUCUUUGGUCAACCUCCUCACCCCCUUGCUCACUCUCAAGAGUGACAGACAGAGCCCCAGGCAUGUCCCUUCACACACACGUGCUUACAUUUCCACUUGCAUUUCUGAGCCUCCCUUUGCUGCCUCGGACCUGUAUCUGUUGGGUUUGGUCCAUGGACAUUUCAGAGGGAGAGCUCUCUCCCAUUCAGCUGUCCUCUCAGACAUUUCCCUAGGACGGGUGACCAACACUGCAAUGAGCCAGCCUCCCUUUUGGGGACCAAGCAUUUGCUACCCCCAGACCAGAGCAGGGGGAGGAGAUCUGAUGUCUCACCUGGCACAUGAAGCCCGUUCUUGGAACUAUGCAAAGGGCAGAGGCUGGGAGUUUGGAUGCUUGGCUCCCAUCCCUGUCCUACCUCACCGGGGCACUUUCAGGGUCCAGGGGCCUCUGAAGUCUCCAGGCCCAUAUGGGACAAUCAAAUCCUGACUGAGCUCCCCCAUUCCCCUUGGGUGAGGAUGACUGUUAUUUUUGUAGCUGAGAACGUGGAAUCCCACGGGUUUUUACUGCCCUUCACCCAACUUCUCCCACCUCCACCCCACAAUGAAUGUAUUUAUUGUGAGAACGGCUACACUUCUUUAGGAAUGCCCCCACUCACCACCAAGGUGGGCAGAACAGGCAUGUGACAGAGUGGGGAGCCUGGGCUCAGCUCCUCCCCCUCCUGUUGGUUAAUAAAUACCCUCUUUCCCCACA